GUCACGGAACUUUUAAAAACUCUUUGACUCUCUCAGAUUCACUCUUAACUCUUUCGUCUCCCUCUUCCAGAAACUGUUAGAUCUUCCAUAACCGAUCACUCACUUCUAACUCCAUCUAAAAAAUGACUGGCUACUCGCCUUCUCAGCUUCACUUCCACUUCCUCCUAAUACAUCUCUCUCUCUUCAUCACCUUCACCGCUGGGCAGUUCGGUGGACAAGUGUCAGAAGAGACAGAGCUCUGGUGCGUGGCGAAGAACAACGCAGAAGACUCUUCACUCCAAGCAGCCAUUGACUGGGCUUGUGGCCCAGGAGGCGCCGACUGCUCCGGGAUCCAGCAAGGCGGAGCUUGCUAUGAUCCGUCAGAUAUAGUGAAAACGGCGUCGUAUGUUUUCAACAACUAUUACCUGAAGAAUGGUCCCGCAGAUGAAGCUUGCAGCUUUAGUAACAACGCAGCUUUUACCUCUCUUAAUCCCAGUCAAGGAACAUGCAAACUCCCUUCAAGUAAGCAAGUGAGCAAUGGCAAUAUAGUGGAUGUGACCACUUCAACGCAGGGAACAAGCGUACAAUCCUCAGAUUUUAGCCGAGCGAAUCGGAUCUUCAGCAGCAGCUGGUCGUUGCCAUUCAUCAUCUUAGCUCACAUUGUGAUCAAUCAUCAUCUUUAGCAAUCGUCUGGUUAUUGAAGCUAACCUUUUUUGUAUCAAAAUUUAUCUUUUUGCUAGAUAUAAAUAUUGUUUCUUUACACAAAAUAUUCCACACAAAAAGAAAAACAGAGUUUCAAUGGUAUAAUAUAUAAAAUAAAAAGAUU